UAUGUCAUUGCAUUUAUGCAGUCUGAAUAAAAAAAAGGAGGCGGUUAUUCUUCGCUAGCAUCAACAUGCUGCCCCUUUAUCUGUGUAUCGUUUUGGCGAUAGGAGCAAGUAUCCAUGCACAAAAACAAAUGGAAUGUUUGGACAUUUUUGGCCAGAAUACCUGCCCCGUCGGUUAUCAAUGUCAUAUGGGACAAUGUGAACCUGAUUUUGGUGAGCGGUGGUGCUCCAGGAUGAUGCCAUGUGGACUGAAUCACGAAUGCAUUGAAGGAUCGUGUGUUCUACUUCCAGAUCCAGGGUGUCAAACAAAUGAUGAGUGUAAAUUGAAUGAGCAAUGUACAUUUGGAAUAUGUGUACCAGACGAAUCUAACGAACAGCUACCUCGUGGUAAGCAUGGACAUUGGUCAAAAUUCGAGCCGGUUAAUGACUGA